UGCGCGCUGAGUGACGUAAAGUAAUGGUGGACCUGUGUGAAAUUGUGAUGUCGCGUGUGCCCAUUCUUGUGAUUUUAGGUGCCACAGGCUCAGGAAAGUCGCGACUGGGCAUCGAAUUGGCUCAGCGAUUUUCCGGGGAAAUUAUCUCAGCAGACAGUAUGCAGGUUUACAAAGGACUGGACAUUAUCACAGCGAAAGUUACCAAAGAGGAACGAGCCAUGGCGCCACAUCACAUGCUGGAUAUUUGUGAUCCUCUGACUCACUGUUCUGUGGUGGACUUCAGGAACAAGGCUCUGCCGAUCAUGGACAAUCUUCUCUCGACUAAUAAACUGCCCAUCAUAGUGGGUGGUACCAACUACUAUAUAGAGUCUCUGCUGUGGGAGAUUCUGGUUCAGGAUCCCGAGGAAUCCGUCAAGACUUCGAAGAAUGCUGAUUGGAAAAUCAGUAGUGAUCUUUCAUGUGAUAAGAAAAGUGAUAACGUUUCUAAGAGUGACAGUGAUAACGCGAAUGUUAACGAACGGGAUGACGACGAGCAGGAUCAUCCGCCGAAGAAGAAGAUGAAGCUCGAGGAAAGUAACAAGGAACUACACAGGAAGUUGGCCGCUAUCGAUCCGGAAAUGGCUAACAGACUUCAUCCAAACAAUCGGCGAAAGGUCAUUCGAUCGUUACAAGUACACGAGGAAUAUGGGAUGCGGCAUUCCGAGAUUUUGCGAAUUCAGCGACUGGCCGGCGGGUCCGGUUUGGGUGGUCCACUUCGAUAUCAGAACUCUAUUAUUCUCUGGCUGCAGUGCGAUCAGAAAAUCCUAGACGACAGGCUCAACGCCAGAGUCGACUCUAUGCUGGAGGCCGGAUUGGUCAAGGAACUUUUGGAUUUUCAUGAGCGCUACAAUCAGGAUCGGCUUAAGAAUAAUGCAUUGCCAGACUAUACUAAAGGAAUUUUCCAGAGUAUUGGAUUUAAAGAGUUUCACGAGUACCUGAUACUUCCCAAGGAACAGAGGGAAUCCGAGACGGGGAAGAAAUUAUUGCAGCAGGGCAUCGACGAUCUGAAGCUAGUCACAAGACGCUAUGCGAGAAAGCAGCAACGAUGGGUUUUGAAUCGAUUCGUUCGACGUGCAGACAGGCAGGUACCUCCGGUAUACUCUUUGGACUGCACGAACGUCGAACUCUGGGACAAUAGCGUCCUGGGGCCAGCUGUCGCGAUAGUAUCUGCGAAACUUAACGGCGAGACGCCGACUCAAAAACCCCUCAACGAAAAGGUGAAGGACGAGAAGAAGACGGACAGCAGCAACGAGGAGAGUCACUUCUGUGAGACUUGUAAAAGGAUCUUAAUCGGGGAACUGCAGUGGAACGCUCAUCUUCAGGGCGCUAAGCAUAAAAGAGUACUUCAAAAAAAGAAAAAAAUACAGCAAGGAACUAAACGAAACGAGGUGCCAGAUACUCCCAAGGAAUAAUGGGCUGAAAGCAUCAGCAAUACUAUAGUCACAGCCAAAGCUGCGCAACGGGGUAACGUUUGACAGGAAAAUAUAUCUUCGGGGAUCGCGUCGUCGAUCAACUUUACUUUUAUACCUUGUAUAUUCAUUUUAAGAAGCAAUAAAUGUUGAGGUAUCUGUUGAA